AUGAAUAAUUCUAGUCCACUAAUCGCAAACCUCCUAGAAACAAGUCCCUAUUUGAACAUAUAUGACAACACCAGAACAAUAUCCGUACAACAAAUUCCUAAUGUGAUUUAUAGUAAUAUAGACACUGCGAUCGGUAUCAAAAAUGGGUAUAGUGAUGUUCUAAAUGGAUCCAAUGAAUUCCUAUCAGGGGACAAAUCGUUGAAGAAUUCAAUUGAUGUGUUAUUGCAUCCUUAUAUAAAGCUUUUUAAGGACAAAAAAUGUGUAACAACCUCAAGCUGUUCAGGAAGAAUUGUUAUUCUGGCUAAGAAUUUAAGUGCUGGUGCUAAAAAAUGCGAAACCCUUUUUUUGAAAGUAUCCCACUCGCACGUAAAUUUGCACUGUGUCUUAUUGUGGAUACAAUCAGUUACUAAUGGAAGUCCAUUUUAUUCUAAACAAACUUAUAAGUUAUCACCGGAAGUUGAGAUUCUGCUGAAAUAUGAACCCUUUGUCAUUCACGUGGAGUUUCCCAAUUUUGACCAAGCUGUCGCAAUUUUGGAGGUAGCCAAGGAAUUUGGAUUGAAGCAAUCCGGUUUGAUUUCCGCCAGAAAGCGGUACAUUCUAGCAAUCAGAGGAUCCCAAAAUUUUGAGGCUCCAAUUGCUAGGUACAGCUCAAAUGGCAUUGAUUGGCUUAUCACCGAAGAUACUUUAAACUACUAUCUGAAAGUGUGCAACAGGAAGCAUACAGAUAAUUUAGGAGAUAUGGUUGGAUUUUACUGGAAAUUGUACUACAGUACUCACAAUUACUACACUUACUAUGCUAGUUUGAACCCUUUAAUUGAUGUACGAGAGUUAAACGGGUAUAAAUACAUGAAACGCUGGGGCUCAUCAUCGUGCAUAAUCGGGGAUUCAGUUUAUGUGUUCGGUGGGUUUACAGCUGGUUCUAAUCCCCCCAUACUAAGCAUUUAUUCAAUUAAAAGAAAUGUGUGGGCUUAUGUUUAUCAGAACUAUACCAUUAAGAGCAUUUUUAGCUGCAUUCUACCUAUUGCGGAUGGAAAUAUAGCUGUAGUCAUGGGCAGAUCCAGUCCAAUAGAUCCGAGUGAUGAAGUCCACAUCAUAGACAUAUCGGCCAAUUAUCAGUUGACUAGGGCUGAACCAAUAACAACCGAACCUGCCCCCAGAUUUAGACAUUCAAUAGCACCAAUCAAAGGCAACACAUUUUACAUGUAUGGAGGUAUAACUCACGGUUAUAACUUUCUAGGAGAUUUGUGGAAGGGGACUAUUUGUAAGAGCGAUGGGCAUUAUACUAUUUUUUGGAGUCAAUUGGUUGAUUGUCCAAUGGCACUUGCCUCUUCCACAAUAACUUAUUAUUAUGGCACCGUUUAUGUUAUAGGUGGAAUGAAUGCAAAGUGCUGGUGUAAUUUUAUGGAUAAAAUUUGGGCUUUUAACCCUGCUAAUUGUGCGUGGAACUUCAUAAAUGUUGGUGGUGACAAAUUUCCCAAUAAUAGGGCUUCGCACUCUUCAGUGCAAAUUGGCAAUUCUGUAAUAGUCAUGGGUGGUAUAUCCACUAAUGAAAGCAGUUAUGGAAUGAUGCUGUUCGAUAUAUGGAGGUUGGAUUUAGAUGAGUUGAAAUGGUAUUACUUGGGAGAUGUUCCACACAAUAACACAAUAGUAAAAUCGUCCAUAGUAUAUGAUACUACGCGUGAAUUGUUAUAUCUGAUAGGAGGUGGAAUUGUUUGCUUCACAUUCGGAUCCGUGUUCCAACGGCCACUAUCACUGCGAUUGCAAUUUCCCAAUUCUUUAAGCGGAAGUUACCUGGAAAUUCUAGACUCUAGUGUUGUGAAACGGUGUAAAAACUUUUGCCAAGAAAUGGGCUGGUAUGACAAGAAGCGCAAGAUUAUAAAUCGCAACGGUCUAUUCCUGAUCCCAAUAAAUCUGCAUGACAUGCACACAAACUCUCAUCCUGGUGCUAAUCUCCGAACAAAUAAUUCAGCUAUCCAAUGUAUAAUUGAAUACUUGGCACAAUAUAAUAUCGACGCUCAUAAGCUAAUUGGUAAUUUGAAGCUUACAAAGUAUGAACGUUUAGGGCAUAUACUAUUAUUUAAUGACGAUUUAACGAUGUUUAACAGAUCACUAGUGGAUAAUGGAUUGGACCAAUCAUUACUGGAGCCCAUGUAUGAACAAGUAGCGCAUGUUAUUGAUAAGAGGAUUGGAGGCAUCAAAGCAAUAGGAGUAAAAGGUGUUAUACAAGGAGAAAUGAGGAAGCCCAAUAUUAAAAUGUUAUACGGUGAUCCAAUUACUCAAAUCGUCGAAAAUGGCAUCAAAUACGUAUUAGACGUGACAAAGUGUAUGUUUUCAGCGGGGAAUGUCAAUGAGAGGGUCCGUAUACCCACUAAAUACAUGUCUAAUGAUCGGGUUGAACUUGUGGUCGAUAUGUUUUGUGGCAUUGGUUACUUUUCAUUGCCAAUACUUGCAAUGAACUCAUCGUGUAAGUUGGUGGUCACUGAUAUCAAUGAAGAAGCUUUGGGGUUUUUCAGGAAAGGGCUAAAAGCUAACUCGGUAGAUCCUUCUAGGGUUGAUAUAUUACCAGGGAAUUGCAGAAAUUUGUGUAAUUCUAAAUACGUUGGUACUGUCAAUAGAGUGUUGUUGGGUCUGCUCCCUGAUAGUUCAAUUGGCUGGGAAACUGCAAUUAUUUUAUCCCACAAAAAAAGCUCUUGCAUGUUACACAUUCACACAGUGUCCGCUGCACUAGAACCUAUAACCAAAUUACAAUUUACAGCAAUGUCAACUGAUGUAAAUUACUCAACGCAACAAAAUGAUAAGAGGACUUACAUUGAUGAAUUGUUAUAUAAAAUGUAUGAAAUGGUCCGGGAGUGCGUCGCCAAAGGGAUUGGGACUCACAAACAGAUUGCACUGGUUGAUAUAGUUAGGGUUAAAAGAUACUCACCCUAUCAAUUCCAUUACGUAAUCGAUCUCAUUCUUACCCCCACAACUGGUGCUAUUCAGUGA